CUGAAGAAGCAAGGUUUUCCUGUUUUGAAUCGCGAACCUUUCGUGGAGGCUUUGAUUAAGUACUCAGUGAAGAACUUCGACGGCUGGAUACCACCGCACGCUUUUAAGAAAUAUGUGUCUUCGGAGGAUGUUCUCGCAAUGUUUCCUGAAAGAAAGGACAAUUCUGAAUUGAUUCGAAAAAGUGAUCUCGACAGAGCGAUCACAUUUCUUGACUUGGAUGAUAGUUCUGACACGAGCUUAUCGGACUAUGAAGUUCAAUCAAGCGGCCGUGAUGAAGUUGAGAGUAGAGAGAAGUGCGUAGGAGGAACUGAAAACUCCAGUGCUGAAAAGGAACGGAAGCGACCAAGUACAGCUGAGGAACAGGAAAGGUGUCCUAGCAAAGGGACCACAGAAAGGACGGAUGGUUCAAUGGAAGGAACGAGCGAUCAAGUAACGGAAACUUCAAACAAACUUGUCCGUACUGCUACGUUAAAUGGCAUGCGAUCGCCUGCUUCUGAUGAGCCAGUUAGGAAACGACGCAGAAAAGAUAAAGCAAACUCAGGAGAUGACGAUGGUUUGAAUGAAAUAGUUCGAAAGGUUCCGAAAGCUGAUCAUUCAGCAGAUAAACCCGAACAGGUGGAAGGGCCAGAUGUCAAGAAUGACCGAGUUCCACGGACCAGCCAUUCCGAAAAGGGUGGAAACAUUGGCUUACUCAAGGCUUUUUCUCCUAUAAAGAAAAGG